CGGCUCCGUGACCUCGGUCUUCCCAUCAGCCGGUGGCGGUGUUGUAUAAUAUUCCGCCAGCGGAACCAUUCAAAACAAUGGCCUUCCGGAUGUGUUUUCGCUCCACACUCUUCCCUCGGACCCAUUUUAUCCGACGGUCCACCACCAUCAGUCAAGUAGUGCGCUAUGCAUCGGUGUCCAGUACCGGUCCAAGUGCGAAAGAAAUUCGACGUCAGUUCAUAGAUUACUUUACCAUCAAACACAACCAUCGAUUGAUACGCUCGAGCUCGCUGAUACCGUUCAACGAUAGUACGAUCGCGUUCGUGAACGCUGGCAUGAAUCAGUUUAAAAAUGUAUUCCUAGGGACGGCCGAACGACCCUGCCAGCGGGCAGUUAAUUCACAGAAGUGUGUGCGUGUCGGUGGCAAACACAACGAUCUGUCGGUUGUCGGGACGGAUAGCUACCAUCACACGUUUUUCGAGAUGCUCGGUAACUGGUCGUUUGGCGAUUACUUUAAGCGGGAAGCUUGUGCAAUGGCGUGGGAUUUGCUCGAGAAUGUGUACCGGAUUGAUAGGGAGCGUGUAUACGUUACGUAUUUUGGGGGUGAUAAAAAGUUGAACCUACAGGCGGAUGAGGAAUGUCGCGAGAUUUGGCUCAGUUUGGGAGUUCCGGCGGAUCGUGUACUUCCCUUCGGUGCACGUGACAAUUUCUGGGAGAUGGGAAAUUCGGGUCCAUGCGGUCCAUGCACCGAGAUACAUCUGGAUCUUUCAAACGACUAUAGAAAUACAAAGGCGAGACAACACUUGGUGAAUGCCGGUGUGCCAGAUCUGACCGAGAUUUGGAAUAUCGUUUUCAUACAGUACAAUCGUGCGCUGGAGGAUGGCACGAUCAGUAAUCUACCUCAUCGACACGUGGAUACGGGAAUGGGCUUGGAAAGAGUGGUUGCCCAUUUGCAGGGCAAGCUAAGCAAUUACGAUACGGAUCUGUUUGAACCGAUCUUCCGACGUAUACAGCAGGUGACAAAACUGGAACCAUAUCGCGGAAGCUUUCUGUCCACCGAUACCCACUACGAACUAGAUACUGCCUACCGAAUUAUGGCUGAUCAUAGUCGAAUGAUAACGGCUUGUCUGGCUGAUGGAAUGUUUCCCUCGCAAAACCACAAACUGCGACGCAUCAUUCGCAAAUCUCUUGCCCUAGCGAAUCGUUCCUUCCGUCAUCCGGAACUGUUGCGCGAAACCAUCCCUACCGUGGUAGACAUUCUGGGCGAUGUAUAUCCAGAAAUGGGCCACAACCUUCCCACUGUGUUACAAAUCAUCGAGCACGAACAGCACUCGUACAGUGCGCUAAGCACCAAACGUUCGAACGAAACGAACGAGCUUUUGAAACAGUUUCCUCAACUAGAAGAAUCGGAAGUGCUGGAACAUCCGGGACUUUCCGGUGCCUUAAAAGAGCUAGCACAAAGCAAACGCAGCCAUCUGGAUGGAGCCAUUAUUCACAAAAUGUACGAUACGUACGGGUUGGACGAAGAGUUGCUUGUAAAGUUGGGUGGCAUGAUGCACUUUACACUCGACUUUCGGGACUACGAGCGGCACGUUGGUGUGCUAAAGGAUGGCUUUAAGCACGAGCUGGCUGCAAAACUUCAAACGCGGCUUUCCGCCUAUCAAAGUCUCCAGGAUUCGAUCGCUAAUAGCGCUUUAAAGCCAACACGCACCGAGCAUAGGUAUAAUUAUGCGUUUAAUCCAGAAAAAGGCAUUUAUGAGGUUGCACCAUGUAAAGCAAACGUUAGUUUACUGCUGGAUGAUGAUUCCCGCGGUCAGUUACAUAUCGUAACGGAUAAAAGCAAUUUUUACUGCGAAUCUGGAGGACAGCAAAGCGAUACGGGGCGCUUAACGAUGAACGAAGGUGGAAAAAGUUUCGAUGUAAUAGCCGUUACCGAUCACAACGGGUUUGUGAUGCAUUCAAUCGUAAAACAACCAAACGUAACACUUGCCAUUGGUGAGCAAGUUGUGCUGCAGGUAGACUCCAGUCGACGAACCCAACUAACCCACCACCACACGGCAACUCACCUACUGAAUGCGGUCGUACGCAAACUGAUCCCCCAUCCAAUGUGUCAACGAUCGAGUGCCGUUUCCGAGCGAGGCUUUCGGUUGGAACUUGCGAUAAGUGGAGAAAAAAUUACACUAAACCAAAUAGCAGCGAUCGAGAGCGAAAUACGAUCGCUGAUUAAACGAAACGAACCAAUCCGUGUGGCCGUGUGCAAUGCCAGCGAUCUAGACUUUGCCACAAUCACAACCGUCCCGGGGGAAACGUAUCCCGAUCGUGGACUGAGGAUAGUUUCGAUCGGUGACGAUGUGUCGCGUGAACUUUGCUGUGGAACACACGCUACCAGUACGGGAGAGUUGCACGAUUUUGCCAUCACAAAUGUAACGCAAUCGAAAAAUGGAUGCUUUACGUUUCACGCGAUCGCUGGACCAACGGCCGGGAAGGUUCAUUUCCAGGGCGCACAGAUACAGAACGAUGUAAACCAGCUGCAGCAAGAUGCGGAACAGAAUGAAACGCGUCCGGAAGAUAUUACGAUCAUCGAGACGAGAAUGCAGCGGUUAAAAAAUGUUCUGCUGACCGGAACCGAUAAUAACAUCCACCUGCCGUACUGUGUCCGGCAGCGAUGUUUGAAUGUAAUUAAUGCGCUUUACCAGAAGCUGAAAGACCGAUCGAGAGAAUCGCUUCGCGAAUUAAUCGAUAUUGAGAUGCGAAAUUUGAUGGAACAAAGGCCGCCAGUGAGCGAUCGGUUUAUUGUACAUUUUCUUGAGUGUUCCAUUAUCCUGGAGGAGGUGCAGCUAAGUAAAGCGACCCGCUACUGUACCGAUCGUCCAAUUCUGGUCGUUAGCAUUACGGAUAAUCAGGUGAAAGCACGAGCGACCGUUCCACCGGCGAUGGUUAGUGACCGAUUCAAUGCGGAACGCUGGCUGGCGGUGGUAGCUGAAACGUUUAAAGCACAAACGGCCGCACCGAAGGGACAGAAUGCGGCCGAAGUGUGUAACAUGAAGGCGCGCAAGGUGAAGAUGAUGGAUUUUGAGGCAACGCUGGAGAAUGCGCUGCGGGCGGCCAAAACUUAUGCCGAGGAACAUUUCCAUUAG